ACAAACUGGCGAGCGUCUGUCGCGAGUACUACAGUCGCAUGGCGAAGCUGGAGGACAGCAAGUACGACCUCGAGUACGAGGUCAGACAGAAGGACUUCAUCAUCAACGAGCUGACCAUCCAAGUGAACGACCUGCGCGGCAAAUUCGUGAAGCCCUCGCUGAAGAAGGUGGCGAAGUACGACGGCAAGCUGGAGAAGAUGGCGAAGAUUGCCGCCAAGGCGGAGAAGGACUUCCGCAACAACCUGAAGCGCGUCCAGUCGACCAAGUUCACCAUGGAGGAGGAGAACAAAGAUGGUCCAGCCAAGCCAGAGUGGGCGAGCCAGAAGAAGAAGGAGGAGACGGUUGAGGUGAAGGACGGAGAUGAGGAGGAAUAA